UUCCGGUCUUCCCCCGGAAGCGGCGGCAGUGGACGGAGAGGGCGCAAGCGGAUCACGGCGAGAGAGAGAGAGGAGGCAGCAGAGGCACAGAGAGAGAGAGAGAGAGAGAGAGAGAGAGAGAGAGAGAGAGAGAGAGAGAGAGAGUGACGUUUCGCAAACGAGACCAGCGGGAGGGCUUGUGACGUUUGAUGACAAAGCGGGAAGGAGGAAGAGGGAAGGGGAGAGGGGGAGGGAGGAAGCAAGGGUGGUGAGGAGGUCCAGUGAGGGAAAAGGGAGGACAGGAGGGGGAGGAAGGAGCGUAUUGCAUAAUUGCAUUGCGCAAAGAAGUGAGUAAUUGGGAGAAUGAGUGGACUCUGAAGUGAAGAGAGGGAAAAGGGAGGACAGCAGCAGCAGCAGGAGGAGGAGGAGGAGGAGGAGGAGGAGUGGGAGAAGGAUAAAGAAGAAAAAGGAUAGGCAUCGUUGCAAACUGUGGUGCGGUUAUUUUAGCCUUGACUUCCAGUUCGGCAGACGUUUGGAGCUCUCCGCCACACACACACACAGACACAGAGAGAGAGAGAGAGAGAGAGAGAGAGAGAGAGAGAGAGAGAGAGAGAGAGAGAGAGAGAGAGAGAGAAUCGGUGACUUCGUGCGGCUCGGGUUCGAUCGGACACGUCAAGAACUCUCUCAAGAUGGAGGUCGCAAACACCAUAGCUCUAUCGCUGGAAGGAGAGCGAGGACUGCAGACUUCUUAUUGGAAAGAACACACGGAGUCUUUGUCCAUCGAGGCAAUGAUGCUUGACAGCCAGGCAUCCAAGUUAGACAAGGAGGAGAGGCCAGAGAUAUUGGGCAUGCUACCGGACUUCAAGGACAAACAUGUUCUAGAGCUGGGGGCUGGCCUUGGACGAUUCACUGUUCCCUUAGCCAAAGACGCUGCCCAUGUCACCGCGGUCGACUUUAUCGAGAAGGUCAUUAUGAAGAAUAAGGAGCAAAAUGAGCAUCUCGGGAACAUCGAUUUCAAGUGCGCAGAUGUGGCGUCUAAGGACUUCCAGAUUGAGCCCUCCUCCAUGGAUCUGGUCUUCACCAACUGGCUGCUCAUGUACCUCGGAGAUGACGAGGUGAACAACCUGGCGAAGAAUAUUCUGGAAGGGCUGCGGUACGGCGGGCACGUGUUCUUCCGCGAGUCGUGCGUCUGCCAGUCAGGAGAUCACAAGCGCAAGUCAAAUCCCACGCAUUACAGAGACCCCAGCUUUUACGCAAGGUUUGUGGCGAUGCUGGAUCUGAAGCCUGGGCACAAGGUCCUCGAUGUCGGUUGUGGAAUUGGCGGCGGAGACUUCUACAUGGCCGAGGAAUUCGAUGCGGAGGUUCUUGGCAUCGAUCUUUCCAUGAAUAUGAUUACGAUCGCCCUUGAGCGAGCCAUUGGGCUGAAGUGCGCUGUGGAGUUCGAGGUUGCAGAUUGCACGACGCGGCAGUUUCCAGAAGACCAUUUUGAUGUGGUCUACAGCAGGGACUGCAUUCUUCACAUUCAGGAUAAGCCAGCCUUGUUCCGAUCCUUCCUGAAGUGGCUCAAGCCUGGAGGCAAGGUGUUGAUCUCCGAUUACUGCAAGGGCAAGCAUGCAUCGUCGGAGGAUUUCCAAGCCUAUGUUAAGCAGAGGGGAUAUGACCUGCAUGACGUCGAGACCUACGGAAAGUUCAUGGAUAUUCUGGAGAAGGAAUUGACAAAGACGGAGAAAGAGAAGGAGACCUUCAUCAAGGACUUCUCAGAGGCGGAUUACAAUGCAAUUGUGAAUGGCUGGCGGGCAAAGCAGGCCCGGUGUGCCCAGGGCGAGCAGAAAUGGGGUCUGUUCACCGCUCAAAAGCCCUUAUUAUCAUGAACUUGGACCAGAUGUCGGUCUCUGGGUGGAUCUGCGACAUCUGUCAUUGCUCAAGCAAUCUAGAUUCUAGUAAGCUUCCGCUGCGGAAAGUCGCGUUCACCGUUGUCAGCCAGAAGGCGGCGUACAGGACCAAGUAGUACUGAAAGUGAGCCCUAAAAUGCCAAAGCAUUAUUAUCAUGAACUUGGACCAGAUUCGGAGCUAAAGCCAGCGGCACGGUCAGCCGAAGUGCAAGGCCAACCCCCAAAAUCCCAAAGCCAAGACUAUUAUUAAGCAGACAAGCCCAAGCUCUAAGCUACCCAAGUCCCGGGAAAAGGCCAGCUCUCAAGCCCAAGUGGACGCCCAAGCCCAAGUCCAAAUCACAUCGAAGCCCAAGUCAAGCUUAAGCCCAAGCCCAAAUCAAUGCCAAGUCGAACGCAAGCUCAGGUCAAGCGGACUCAAGCCCCCCAUUGCAAGUGAAACUCUCACGUUACAAGUCCAAAUCAAAGCCAAGCUCCUUAGCUCCAAGCCAAAGCUGAAAGCCCCAGUCAGUCCGAACCCUGAGCCCAAGGCAAAGUCCCAGUCGGAGUUUUCCAAGCCGCAGCCAAAGUUCUCCAAGCCCCAGCCAAAACGUCUAAGCCCGAGUUUCCCACGGCUAAUCCCAAGUUUUGCAGGCCUAAGCCCAAUUCUCAAGCAUCUAAAGCCCAAAUUUUCCAAGUCCAAGCUCAAGCCCCUGCGAAGCCCAGCCCACUCCUCGCCAAAAAAACUGAAGCUCAAGCGGCAGCUGAAGCUAAUCCCUAAACCCUAAACCCUAAACCCUAAACACUAAACCCAAGGUUUCCAAGCCCAAGCCCAAGCCCAAGCCCAAGCCCAAGCUCAAUCCCAAGCGUGAGGUUUGAAACCCCAAGCCCAAGGUUUCGUAACGCAAAUUUAAGCCCAAGUUUUCCAAGCUCAAGCCUGCAUUAAGCCAAGCCAACACCUUCCCCAAGCUGAUGCGAACAAUGGAAGGGGCAAAGCUGAAGAGCCAAGACCAGGGGUAUAUACCUAUAGGAUAUAGCAUGCUAACAGCCAAACUUAGCCCAAGCCAAACCCGUGGUUUAGGCAUCGCCACGAUUUGGCAGCACUCGCAGUUGCAAUUUGCAUGCUCUCGAACUGGUCCUUACGUGAGAAAGGGUGGUAUGGCAUAGUUUUUUAGUAUGAUUGUACCUUGCAUGUGGACCGGGUUCACACUAAGUACCAUGUGAAGUUCUUGGUAUGAAUGUGGUCGACAUUUGGGUUGGGUUCAUGCCAAGUUCCAUGUCAAGCUCAUAGCAUGAACGUGGUCUGCAUUUGGACCAGGUUCACGCAAAGUUUCAUGUGAAGUGAGGAUCAGAGUUCCAAGAGCAGCAUCAAGCAACUUGAAGGGGAAGGAAGAGGAGAGUGGGUGGUGGCGUGGCAACAUCCCUCGGACGCUCGGGCGUCCCUCUUUUUCCUAAAUAUAAAGAAACCUCAGACCUGAGCUUGAUCACGGGCGGGAAACCUAUCUUUUUGCCCACAUCUCUGAAAAUUUAAACCAUUCUAAGUCUACAUCUACAUUGUUGUUUUUAACUUUUUUUGGCAUAAUAGUCGCAGACACUAUUGAACAUCACGAGGUAAGAGAGAGAAGGAGAAGCUGUAUCACGCCUGGUACGUGGGGACUAAAACUAGAGGAAGUCUAGAUUCAUGAUGCAGAAGAGCUGAACAUAUCUCUAGAACUAGUCUACAUUCGUCUGUUAGACGAGGUGCACCCGUCUCUUUGCUUGGUUACCAUUAGCAGCAACAUAAGCUGCCGUUCAGUUUAUUUUAGGUAGGAUUUCUGAGGCAGCAUUAACUUCCAUUAAGGAAGAAGUUAAAGCUGUAGUUUGCAGUCAGAAAGCUACUAUAGUUUGCAGUCAGAAAGCUACAGUAACUAUAGUUUGCAGUCAGAAAGCUAUAGUUAGCAGUGGCUGUCAGAAAGCUUAUGCUUAAGUUGCUAAAGGUUCCAUAGUAACAAAGAGCGACGUUGAUUAAUCGAUGCUUCUCUAUAGACAGUAAGCUCACACGUGUGCAAGUCGACGAUGAGAACGAGGAUGAACCAAAGGGUAUAACAAUAAUUCUACUGUCGGCAGCUACUUAGAGUAGUCUACAACGCGAAAGCGAGGACGAGGGACAGGAACAAGAGUCGUUCUAGUGUACGUGGGGUGGACGUGAUGAGCAAUGAGCAAGCUGCUGCAUUCUUUUUUUAAUCAUCAUGAUUUUUUUUUGCAACCUGUUUGCGAUCCUGCUGCCAUGACUAAUGGCACACUGUCUGGAAGAAAUUCAAUCCGUUUGCUAUUCUGCUGCCGCGGAAGGUAACUUCUUCACUAACUGCCAACUGGUGGUUUAAGCCUUAAGGUGAGUGGAGGCUGGGAAGAGGGGACAGGAAGUGGGUGCCGCGAUGGGCUACCAACUGUGUACCAUAGGCUGGUCCUUUUCUUGAAUUGAGGGUUAAGGGGGGAUGAAAAUCAUCAGCCUGAGGUUGUUUAUUGCAUGUUGACAGGCCUCUCCGAGUUCAUUUUUUUCCCCCUCUCCGAUACCCUUUUUUUUUUCUUUUUUUUUUAAAUUUAUUUACAAGAACAACCCGAUCGGAUGCUAGGUGUGCUGAUACGAGCAGCUCUCCGACACUUUUUUCUUGUUUGGGUACAUUAAACUAAAUUUUUCUUUCUUGCAGACCUGGGGCCUGUCCUCUAUAAUUGUUUUGCUA